GCCCAGAAACAGCUGUUGCCGACAGUCGCCAUAGUAUAAUUGCAGAACAGUCUGCAAUUUAGGCUAGAUUAUUGUUUUGUUGUUAAUUUAGACCUCAGUUGUGUGCAAAAAUGGCAGCGACCGUCAAAUUAUUCAAUCUAGUUAGAUCAAAUAUGUCGGCAAACAAACUGACCUACGGCUUGUUGGCUCCAAUGCAAGUUAGAAGCAAAUAUUAUUGUAUUUCGGAAGCUGACCCCAGUAUGCAGUUGAAGGACAUGAGCGAACGCGCCGUUCACAUUAUGUUUUGGACGGAGCUGAUGCGCGGACUGGGAAUCACAUUGGCCAAUCUAUUCAAGGAGCCGGCGACCAUCAACUAUCCGUUUGAGAAAGGACCUCUGAGCCCCAGGUUCCGUGGCGAGCACGCGUUGAGACGCUACCCAUCAGGAGAGGAGAGAUGUAUUGCCUGCAAGCUUUGCGAAGCAAUUUGCCCGGCUCAGGCAAUUACAAUCGAAGCUGAGGAGCGUGAGGACGGAAGUCGACGAACCACAAGGUAUGACAUUGAUAUGACCAAGUGUAUUUACUGUGGAUUUUGUCAGGAGGCAUGUCCCGUCGACGCCAUUGUCGAAGGACCUAACUUUGAGUUCUCGACCGAAUCGCGUGAGGAAUUGCUCUACAACAAGGAGAAACUGCUGAACAAUGGCGACAAAUGGGAGUCCGAAAUAGCUAGCAACAUAUACGCAGAUCACCUCUACCGAUAACUCUAGAAAACUAUUGCUGUAGUCAACUACAAUUUCAUUGUUAAUGCUCCUCUCCAUCGAGGAAUCAUGUCUCUCAGAUGUUGAUUGGAUGAGUCGUGAUUCUUGCAAAUUAACUCUAUGUAUAGCAGAAAUGUUCUAAAGUUAUUAUAAAUAAAUUGAAAUAGAAAACAA